UCAACCAAACCAAACCAUUCCAUGAUCCUAAGAUUUGAGCACCUGGCUUAAAGGGGAUGCUUGGUGAUGCUUUUGGCCUUGAAUAACUACUGCACCUUGUUGGGAUUUGGCGUAGUGAGUCUCCAGAGGGGUUUGUGUAACUGCAAAACAGAAGGCAAAGCUACAUGAAGGAAAUAAAAUAAUUUCCCUGAGGCCCAGCACAUGCUUGAUGCUGGAAUUCAGCUCAAAGGGAGGUGACAGGCUCUGGGAAGGAACUGAUGACUCAGUGUCCUGGGGGGGGUCUUGUUUUGCUCCUCAGUAUUUCCGCAGUGCAGUGGCUCUGUAACGCUGACAAGAAAUCACACAGCCCCCCCAAACGCCUCUACAGAUUCUUCUCCACUCUUUACACUGCCCUGGCCCGAGGAUCCCGAGCUGUGCUGCAGCUGUACCCCGAGAACUCAGAGCAGCUGGAGCUCAUCACAGCCCAAGCCAUGAGAGCUGGAUUUACUGGGGGAAUGGUGGUCGAUUACCCCAACAGUGCCAAAGCCAAGAAGUUCUUCCUUUGUCUCUUUGUGGGCGCAUCUGGCACGUUACCAAAGGGCCUUGGUACAGAGGGUGCUGAUGAAGAGCUGCACCAGGCAAAGUUCACCAAUGAGAGGACACGGUUCAAAAACAUCAAGGGCAAGUCUGUGAAGAAAAGCCGGGACUGGAUCCUGGAGAAGAAGGAGCGUAGACGACGACAGGGCAAGGAGGUGCGAGCAGACACGAAAUACACGGGUCGGAAGCGCCGCCCUCGCUUCUGAAUUGCUCUGGACGCUGCUGCUCUGGAAGGUGGCAUGUGGGUGCCUCCAGCAAGCCUCCUGUGGAUGGCACAGGUGGGCACCCCAGGCCUGGGACUUGCUGGGACAGAUCAUUGUGGCUCUUGAUGGUGUAAACUGGCUCAGGUGCUGCCCAACAGCCAACUGCAAAGGUUCCAGCCCUUCUUGCCUGCUGAAGGUGGGAGUGGCAGACAGUGCUCUGGCCACUUGGUGUCUGCAGUGCUGUCACUUACCUUCCUGAGUGCAGCAAGCCAGCUGAGCUCCAGGUCAGCCAGGACAUGAUAUCCAGCCUCCUCACUAAAGAGUCAAUGAGUUG